UAGCGGACCAGAGAGCAUCUCCGUCGCGGAGUCUGCUCUAGGUAGUUCACAAUGGUAGGGAGGAGCGGCCCACCUUCCCUGAGGUGAGGAUGCGACUCCCUAGCUCAAUAUUUGUGUCGGUGUCUCUGUUCACAGCCGAGACCACGGCAGCCCUUUAUCUAAGCUCCACUUACCGCUCCGAUGGCGACCAGAUCUGGCAGGGGCUCACUCUCCUCUUUACUCUUGUGCCGUCCGUGCUCGUGCAGCUGACGCUUACCUUCAUUCAUCGAGACCUCAGCAGAGACCGACCGCUGGUUCUGCUGCUUCAUAUUCUGCAGCUUGGACCCAUCGUGAGGUGCCUGGAGGCUUUCUGUAUCUACGGCAGUGUAGGACGGGUUGAGGAGCCGUAUGUCAGCAUCACACGAAAACGCCAGAUGCCCAGGAGGGGCCAGUCUGAGGAGGUGGAGAGGCAGGUUGGCCAGGCAGAGGGCAAACUCUUCACCCACCGUGCUGCCUUCGCCCGCACCUCCGUCAUCCAGGCCUUCCUGGGCUCCGCCCCUCAGCUCACUCUUCAGCUCUACAUCUGUGUGCUGCAGCAGGCAGUGUCCAUUGGCAGAGGCACCCUCAUGGUAAUCUCUCUGCUGUCCAUUGUUUAUGGAGCGCUGCGUUGCAACAUCCUGGCCAUCAAGAUCAAGUAUGAUGACUACGAGGUGGAGGUACGCCCCGUCGCCUACCUCUGCAUCUUCCUGUGGCGCAGCUUUGAGAUUGCCACACGUGUCACCGUCCUGGUCCUGUUCAGCUCGGUUCUGCAGCUAUGGAUCCUCCCUGUGGUGCUGCUCAACUUCUUCAUCUUCUUCCUGUACCCCUGGGUGUUAUUCUGGUUCAGCCACUCGCCCUUCCCGGAGAACAUUGAGAAGACCCUCACCCGCGUGGGCACCACCAUCGUCCUCUGCCUCCUCACCUUCCUCUAUGCGGGCAUCAACAUGUUCUGCUGGUCGGCCGUGCAGCUGAAGCUCAAUGACCCGGACCUGAUCAACAAGUCCCAGAACUGGUACCGCAUGGCUGUGUACUACAUGCUGAGGUUUGUGGAGAAUGCGUCUCUGCUGCUGUUGUGGUACGUCUUCCAGACUGACUUCUACAGGUUCAUCUGCGCUCCGUUGCUGCUCCUGCAACUCCUGGUGGCCUACGCCUUGGGCAUCUGCUUCAUGCUGCUCUUCUAUCAGUUCUGUCACCCUUGUAGAAAGCUGUUCUCCUCCAGUAUGACCCAGGGCCUAUGGGACUGCUCUGCCCUGCUCUGUCUAGUCUGCCAUGCCCCUGAGAGGGAUGUGGUUGGGCCAAUAGAGAAGGCUGCUCUAGACCCACCUGACAGUGCUGGGCCAAUAGAGAAGGCUGCUCUAGACACACCUGACGGGGCUGGGCCAAUAGAGAAGGUUGCUCUUGACCCACCUUACCCGAGCCCUACCACCUACAAGGAAAUGGUCGAUGACACAUCAUAUGACAUGGCUAAUGACACAACAUACACUAUGCCCAAUGACACGGUGACCUAUGGCGUGCCCAAUGACACAAGUCAUGAAGUGUUGAGUGAGAUGAACGGCAACGUGAGCCACAGUUUGUCAAGCAAUGCAUGACUGGCUGACUGUAGGGUUCAGAGUUUUCCUGACCAUGUGACUAAACCAUGACUGGCUGACUGUAGGGUUCAGAGUUUUCCUGACCCUGUGACUAAACCAUGACUGGCUGACUGUAGGGUUCAGAGUUUUCCUGACCCUGUGACUAAACCAUGACUGGCUGACUGUAGGGCUCAGAGUUUUCCUGACCAUGUGACUAAACCAUGACUGGCUGACUGUAGGGUUCAGAGUUUUCCUGACCAUGUGACUAAACCAUGACUGGCUGACUGUAGGGUUCAGAGUUUUCCUGACCAUGUGAUUAAACCAUGAAUGUGUUUACCUGGUCAGAUUACUACUGGCUAUAGCUCUGUGCUAAUUAGAUAAAGGUGGAAGCUCAAGAGCAAUACUUACCCUCUAUCACGAUCGCAAAGUAGACCGCCCCUAAAACCUACUUUCUCAGGUUUGAAUGAUGUUUUACAUCUUAAGAUCUUAUUCAGAUCCUAGAGGCUGUGACUAGGGCUUAGGGGCUGUCUACUUUGCAAAAGGAAUCCAGCCUUAGUGUGUGAUCUCCCUCUGUAGUCCUUUAAGUGUAAUACGAACACCUGGGACCUUUACACACUCCUAUUCGCUGAUCAUAUUCAUGAUCUUCUUUAUCUACAAAUGUCACCCAAAUGUCAACCAAAUAACUUCACUUUUAACAAACAACAGUGUGACCACACCCUGUAACAGCUUACUCACCUUAAACAUGCUGCAAAGUUAUUGUCACCACAGAGAGUUGUUUUAAAAUUGCAGUGUUAACUGAUUGACAGUGUCAUGGAAGAACAGCUUUGGUCAUGGGACAAGGUUCGGCAAUAUAAGGUACAACUGGUGAUGCUAAGGAAGUGGAUCUUCUGAGAAUGUUCCUGAUGUUUAUUUUCCCAGUCCUGCAGACCAACUACAGACAAUUGGAAAAAAGUGACUCUCCAGCUGCAGACAGAACUACAGACAGGGUGUCAAUGUUUUAGCGUUGAUCUGAUUUUUACAGCUUUUCCUCCAACCAGACUGUGAUCAACUGCAGCCUUUUCUGUGGAGGUCAAGUCCCUGUGGUUUGAACAGAUCGCUUCACUCAGCCAGAUAAGACAGUUCUUAAGUGAGUCGGACAAUUAAUGAUUUUCUAACAAGGUUUCCUGAUUUGGUUACAAUUUCCACAAAGCUAAGUAUUGGUCCACACAGUCACUUACAUCCAGUAGAGUGAUAUUCUGCAUCAGUAUUUGCCAUGUAUUUGAGAAUGAUUGUAUUAAUUGAGUGUACAUUGACAUGUGGAGUGUGUGGAUCUCGAUCCACAGCAUA